AUGCGCGGGGAGGGAGGCCGGCGGGCGAUGGCGCUGCGGCUGCUGGUGGCGCUGCUGUCGGCGGCGGGGGCGGCGGGUGACUGUGGCAGACCUCCAGAGCUGGAAAAUGGUUCUCCAUUUGAUGAAUUUAUUUCUGAGAUCUCAUUUCAAGUGGGUGCAGUGGUUAAUUAUAGAUGUGAUUUGGGUUACAUAUUCAAAGAAGAGACAUCAAAGGGUUCAAGAUCUGUUACUUGCAAGGAUGACUCGACUUGGACACCAUUGCAGGUCGACUGUGAAUUGAGGAACUGCGGUAAUCCAGGAGAGAUAAUGCAUGGAUAUUCUCUGGCACCAAAUACAACUUUUGGAAGUAAAGUUACUUUUUAUUGUGAGGCAGGAUACCAGGUGGUGGGUAGGAACUACCGGCUGUGUGAGGCUGAUGGUUGGAGCGGUCAGGUCCCAAUGUGUGAAGCUGUCACAUGUGCUGGUCUUCCACCAGUUAGUAAUGGGGUGGCUCCAUCACGGCCCUAUGGAGAGCACUGGGAAUAUGGAAUGGUCGCAAGAUACUCCUGUGAUAAGAACUAUUCACUGAUUGGUGCAGACAGACUUGUUUGUACAGAGACUGGGGAGUGGAGCAAUAAUCCACCAACAUGUAAAGCUGUUCUGUGUCAUCCUCCCGACUUGCCAGCGAAUGGACGGAUAGAGGCAGGAUUUGGUCCCACGUACACGUUAGGGGAGACCAUCAGCUACGGCUGUGCUGAAGGGUUUCAACUGGUUGGCAAGAGUGAAAUAGAAUGUAGAGAAAACAAUACAUUUGUACCAGGACCCCCCUCCUGCAAACCUGUCACAUGUGCUGACCUUCCAUCGAUUAGUAAUGGACUAGCUCCAUCGCCGCCCUACGGACACCACUGGGAAUAUGGAAUGGUUGCCAAAUACUCUUGCAGUGCAGGCUAUUCAUUAAUUGGUGCAAACAGACUUGUUUGUACAAAGGCCGGGGAAUGGAACAACACACCACCAACAUGCAAAGCUGUUCUCUGCCAGCCUCCUGACUUGCCAGCUGAUAGCCUAAUAGAAGCAGGAUUUGGUCCAACCUACACAUAUGGGGAGACCAUCAGCUACAGCUGUGCUGAAGGUUUUCAAAUGAUCGGCAAGAGUGAAAUAGAAUGUAGAGAAAACAAUACAUUUGUACCAGGACCCCCCUCCUGUCUACCUGUUCAAUGUCAUCGUCCUGAGCAGAUAGCAAAUGGCCAGAUAGAGGCAGGAUUUGGUCCCACCUACACAUAUGGGGAGACCAUCAGCUACAGCUGUGCUGAAGGUUUUCAAAUGAUCGGCAAGAGUGAAAUAGAAUGUAGAGAAAACAAUACAUUUGUACCAGGACCCCCCUCCUGCAAAUUGAGGAACUGUGGUAAUCCAGGAGAGAUACCGAAUGGAUAUUUUCAGGCACCAAAUACUACUUUUGGAAGUAGAGCUACUUUUACUUGUAAUGCAGGCUAUCAGAUGGUGGGAAGGAACUACUUGUUGUGUGCAGCUGAUGGAUGGGAUGGCCAAGUCCCAAUAUGUGAAGCUGUCACAUGUGCUGGUCUUCCACCAGUUAGUAACGGGGUGGCUCCAUCACCACCCAGUGGAGAGCACUGGCAAUAUGGAAUGGUUGCAGCAUACUCUUGCAGUGCAGGCUAUUCAUUACAUGGUGCAGUCAAACUUGUUUGUACAGAGACUGGACAGUGGAACAGCACACCUCCGACGUGCAAAGCUGUCCAGUGUCAUCGUCCUGACCUGCCUGCAUUUAGCCAAAUCGAGGCAGGAUUUGGUCCUACGUACAGUUUUGGGGAAACCAUCAGCUACAGCUGUGUCCACGGUUCCCAGAUGGUCGGCAAAAGUACCAUUGAAUGCAGAGAGAACAAUACAUUUGUGCCUGAACCACCUACAUGCAAACCGAAGAACUGUGGUAGUCCAGGAGUGAUAGCGAAUGGAUAUUCUCAGGCACCAGAUACUACUUUUGGAAGUAGAGCGACUUUUCAUUGUAAAACGGGAUUCCUGAUGGUGGGAAAGAACUACCGGUUUUGCACAGCCAAAGGUUGGGAUGGUCAAGUCCCGGUAUGUGAAGAAAUAAAGUCAUCCCUCGUGAGGAUUUCUGAGACUGGAGAACACGCGUUGGAGUCCCCACAAGCUGAUGCACAAGGGAAGCAAGGCCUUGGAACUGCUGGCAUUAUUGUCGUUUGUAUUAUUGUCCUUUGUCUUGCUAUUGGUGUUACUGCUGGAUUAUCCCACUAUCAGAAGAAAAGAUGCUGGUUAUCCAGACAGUGUAAAAGCUGCAAGAAGACUCACAUCAACCCUCAGCCCAAUCAAAGCCAAGGGGAGGCCCAUUUUGAGGAAUAUGCUGAUCACCCAACUUGAUCUUAAUGCAGUAAACCCUACAAUAAAGGUCAAAAUUCUAUCAUUGCAAACUUCUGGCAACAUUCUAAUUCAAUUAAUCUCAUCUCAACAGAAAUUAACCAAAGCAUUUUCCUUCAUUGUGUGUUGCAAAGCACUCAUUGAGUUGGGAGUUGGAGUUGUUUCUCAUUAA